GCUGUGAAAAACAAUAUUGAUGUCUUCUACUUCAGCACGCUGAUCCCUCUCAGUGUCUUCUUCGUGGAGGAUGGCAAAAUGGAGCGUCAGGUGUUCUUGGCCACAUGGAAGGACAUCCCAAAUGAGAAUGAGCUGCAAUACCAGAUCAAAGACUGCCACUUAAAUGCAGAUACGGUGUCAGGCAAACUGCAGAACAACAACAUCUACACCAUCGCCAAGAGGAACGUAGAAGGCCAGGACAUGCUGUAUCAGUCGCUCAAACUUACCAAUGGGAUCUGGAUCCUCGCCGAACUCCGCAUACAACCUGGCAAUCCCAAUUACACGCUCUCUCUGAAAUGCAGGGCUCCAGAAGUGUCUCAGUAUGUAUACCAGAUGUACGAUGCCAUUCUGAAGAAUUAAACAUCUCUAUCAUCCUUUUCUCCCUCUACGUAUUUGUCCGCAGUAUCCAGCUCUCCAUGUUUUCUGCCAUUGUUUUAAAUCCAUCUAUAGGUACCAGUUUACUCCAUGUGCCCACUAUGUAAAAAUCAUGUUCUGUUCUAGCCAAAUGUCUUGAUGUUGUUGAUAAAGUGUUGAAGGGAAUUUUGGAACACAGCUCCAUUGUGAUUAUAUAUUUUUUAAUGCUUUGUCAGUACUUCACCUUCACAUGCCCUGGAUUGGUCAUAUGCAAAGAAGGAAGAAAGCGUACCAGUUUAAUCUAUAAAUAGCAUCAAGGGAAUGUAACGAAGCAGAUGUCUGGCAUACAGAAAUGUGAUGUGGAUGUACUUUUAAAAGUUAUCCUGUUUUAAUGGUAGUUACCGUUUUUGAUUGACAUCAUGCAUUUUGGCAUUAUUGCUUUUGUUUCAUUCUCUGAUAUGCUGCAGUGUUGCUUUAUGCAAUUGUACAAUGUGCUAGCUAUCUGAUAUUAGCCUUGCAUGCUUUGACCAACAGAAAAAUGCCACAUUCCUUUUAAUGUUUUGUACACCUUGUUCAUCUUAACCACUGUAUGAACAUGCCGACACUCCAUCAAUGUCUUAUAUUGUUUGAACUGCUAUGAAUCAACUUAAUGUGAUUGAAAAGACUGAAACAUGUUUUCUAUCGAUCUUAUAUAAGUGGGCCAUCUGAUAUUCAUUCCCAGACUGAAUCCAUCCAUAUGUGAUAUAUUGUGCUUGUGAAAGUGAGUAGGUUUUGUGAGGUAGUUUUUGGUCUCCUUGGAGUUUUAGAAAUAUCUGUUCAACAUUAGUAUACAACCUUGCUUAGCUUUGGUUCAAACUAAUACACUAACAAAUAGAGAUGCAAUAAAAAAUUGCAUCAACAUAGACUCAGCGAUACAAGGAUGGAUCACUUUUGGACUGUUUAGAGUAGAGUUUGUUUUAUUCCCUAAAACUGUACUAGUCUUCAUGGUGGUGCUGGUGACUAAAUGUGAACUUUUUUUGUUGCCAUAGUUGCUAAUGUGCCUGUGAACCUGCAUGUACGCAGCGUCCAGUAAAUAUCUGCCAGUAGAACACUUGUGUAAGAAGGUGAAAUAUUAAGACCGUAACCCUUAUAUGUGCAAAUAUGAGUUUGAAUGAUUACCAUGUUGCCAAUGUGAUCACAGUGCAUCUCAAUACUGAAAUGUGACGUCUGACGUCAAGAAAUUGAACAAAACGACUGAUCAGAUUGUUUCAGAUUUAUUUUAUGGAUGGUAAUUCAAAAUAAAGUCAGCAGUGUGUAUUCACCCUCAUUAUCUUUGUCCUUAU